GCAGGCAGUGCUCGUUCAAUUCUCUCUUGACGGCCAAGUCUAUCCAGCAACGAAAACCAAUCAGCACCAUGGCUGCCCCAGUGGCGGAGAAACUGACCUACCCUUCAGCGCGUCGAAGUGAUCAGGUUGACACUUUCCACGACGACGUUGUGCCUGACCCUUACAACUGGCUGCACAACCCGGACAGCGAAGAGACCAAGGCCUUUGUCGACGCUCAAAACGCCAUCUCUGAACCUUUUCUCAAGACCGAGCUUCGUGACAAGUUUCGCCAACGACUCGGUGAACUUUUCAACUUUCCCAAGCACGGCUGCCCGGGAAAGGAUGACCAAGGCCGCUACUUCCACUCUUUCAAUCCAGGGCUGGCCAAUCAAUCGACCAUCUAUUGGCGCGAAAAGCUUGAAGAUGAGCCCAAGGUGUUGCUGGAUCCCAACACCUGGUCUGAAGAUGGCACCGUUGCUCUUGCCGGCUACGGUGUCUCCAAGGACGGUCGCUAUGUGGCCUACCUCGUCUCUGCCUCGGGCAGCGAUUGGCGUACCAUCAAGGUGCUGGACAUGACCACGGGUCAGGAUCUGGAGGAUGAGCUCAAGUUUGUCAAGUUCUCAUCCCUCAGCUUCACGCACGACUCCAAGGGUUUCUUCUACAACCGCUACAACCCGCCCAAGGACUGCACCGAUCCAGGAACAGAGACAGAAAUCAACGAGCACCAAAAGUUGUACUAUCAUCGCAUCGGCACCCCGCAGUCGGAGGACGUGCUUUGCUUUGAGACCCCAGAUCAUCCCACCUGGCAUCUGGGAGCCCAAGUCACAACUGAUGGCAAGUACAUCUUGGUGACGCCUUCCGAUGGUUGUGACCCCGUCAACCGUCUGUUUGUGGCGCCGGUCCCAGCCAACAUUGAUGGUCUUUUGCCCAAUCUCCGCAAGAUCGUUGACAACUUCGAUGCCAAGUAUGCGUACAUUGGCAACCGCGGCGAUGAAUUCUUGUUCGAGUCCAACCUUGAUGCACCAAACAACAAGGUCUUCAAGGCCGAUUUGAGCGCCUCAGAGGUCAAGUGGGAAACGCUGAUUGCCGAGGCCGACAGCGUUCUUGAGGAUGUCGAUCUGAUCAAUGAAAAGUUUCUCAUCGCCACCUAUUUGGAAGAUGUAAAGAGCGUUGUCAAGGUUAUGGACCGAGAAACGGGCAAGCAUUUGCACACGCUUGACAUCCCCGUGGGCUCUGUGGGUUCUGUGCGUGGUCGCCACGAUGAUCCCGAACUUUUCCUGAGCGUCACCACCUUUACGUCACCGACUACCAUCUAUCGUACCAUGCUGACGACAGCCGACGCACCCCUGGAAGUCUUUUACAACACCGAGAUUGCAAACUACAAUUCGGAGGAUAUCGCGGCCAAGCAGGCAGGUUUUAUCGCGCCCGACAGAGUUGAGCUCAACGGCGAGAACCCGGUGCUGUUGUACGGCUACGGUGGCUUCAACAUCUCGUUGUCCCCCUACUUUUCGGCCUCGCGUGCCUUGUUUGCCAAACACUUGGGCGGUAUUUUUGCCAUUGCUAACCUGCGAGGAGGUGGCGAGUAUGGUGAGCGCUGGCACAAGGCAGGUAGCCUUGCCAACAAGCAAAACGUCUUUGACGACUUUUGCGCCGCCGCUGAGUAUCUCAUCAAGGAGAAGUACACCAACCCCAGCAAGCUAGCCAUCAUGGGCGGCUCCAACGGCGGUCUCCUUGUUGGUGCCUGUGCCAACCAGCGCCCCGACUUGUUCCAAGCCGUCAUUGCCCAAGUCGGCGUCAUGGACAUGCUGCGCUUUCACAAAUUUACAAUCGGUCAUGCCUGGCGCACGGACUUUGGUGAUCCGGAGAAGCCCGAGGAGUACAAGUGGGUGCGGGCCUAUUCUCCCUUGCACCACAUCAAGCGUCACGAGAAGCACCAGUACCCAGCCAUCCUCGUGGCUACGGCCGAUCACGAUGAUCGCGUCGUGCCCUUGCACUCUCUCAAGUACAUUGCCGAGCUGCAGGCCACCCUGGGCGCUGAUCCCAAGCAGACCAAUCCUCUGUUGGCGCGCAUCGAGGUCAAGGCAGGCCACGGCGCUGGCAAGCCCACGUCCAAGAUGUUGGAUGAGGUCGCAGAUACCUAUGGCUUUCUCGGACGCACCAUGCAGUUGACUUGGAGGGACUAGAUGGUCUGCUUCAUGCUUUGUCCAGAAUUGAUGGCGCUCCUCUC